GUUGUCUUGUGAGUUUAUCUCCUCCGCCUCUCUGAGGUUGGUUUUAUCUCAAUCUUUACAGUGUAGAUCCUGUAAGAUUGAACCCCUAAUUUAGGUGUUGUAGUGUAGAUCACUACAAGUGGUAUCAGAUUAGGUCUUUCCUUGGCACACAAAAUGGCGGACGAUACUAGAUUGAGUAAGUUAGAUGAAAAUCAGAAGCGAUUCACUCAGGAAUUACAGGAAUUGCGUGAAGAAGUUCAAUCACUCCAAUCUUUAAAAGGAGAUGUAAAACUACUGAGAACUGAUAUGGAAAAUCAAUUUCAACUUCUUCAAUAUGCUAUGGAUAAGAAGUUCCAAUUGCUUUUCGAUAAUCCAGUUUUUUCUCAAGGGUAUAAUCACGGUGAUGAAGCUGGUGAAGUACCAGAUCCUUCAUCUGGUAACAAAUUUCGGAAUUAUCAUCAUCAGCAAAUGAUUCAAACUACUCAGAUGGGGGAAGGUCAGUUUUCCAAUUAUUGGGAAAGCUUUGAAUCAAUUGGAUCUGUGUUGAAGUAUGUGACGCUGAUUGAGAAAGAAAUUGAUGAAAAGCUUGUAGGAGCUCCAAUCGAUUCAAGUUCAGAAGGAGAAAUCGUUCACAAUUCUCCAGAUGAAGAAUUGAAGACAAUGGAGGAAGAAAUUGAUGUUGUUAUAGAAGUACCUUCCGAUAAUUCAUAUUCAGUAAAGGAUCCGACUGAUAGCUCUUCAACUCCAUCAGCAACAGAAGAAGAAAAUGAUUCUGUCGACUGCGAAUUGAUUUCGUCGUUUUUAUUUGAAGAAAAAGAGGAUUUAUUAAGUUUAGAGCCAGAAGAAAAAAAUACCAUCAAUGAAUUGGGUAAUUGGAUUAUUAUUAAGGGUUCUCAAAUUGGAAUUGAGGUGGGGUAUUGCGAGAACUUGAAGAAACUCAGCAACAACCACAACAAACUGAACUGACUAUUGUGUGACAAAAUGCCUGCGAGUGCAGUUUGUAAUUUUUGGGGUGUUAGAGUUUAUUACAUCUUGCAUCUCAAAAUAUGUAGAGUAUUUGAUCGUGGAAAAGAAUUUCAGUUUCUUAGGGGGUUAUUUUCUUUUAUUUGUGAAUCUGAAGACUAUUUCAACGCAAUUCCUUCUUGUAUGAUUGUUAUUCUCGGAUAUUGUUUCGAUUUGCUAUUUGGGUAUUCAAGAGUGUCCUUGUCUGUUAUAAAUGGUGAUAGUCGUGUUAUUAGACAGACAUAUGAUACCAGGCCUCAACAACGAAUUAUUUUCCGGACUAAGUUGAUUCUUCAAGUUCCUAGACAAAGUAAGUCUGACAAUGAACUAGAUCGUCCUGCUAAGUUGCUUGCUGGUUUUCGAUUCUGUUUUGCUAACUUGUUUACUUCUGGUUCAAUUUCAAUAGCUUACUACACAAAAAACUUUGUCCACGAGAUUAUUAGGGAGCACGGGUUAAAAUCAAAUUCUUCGUUUUGUGCUUCAAUUCUAUUGGUAUCUGUUACAGUUGAGGACAUUGGUGAUAGUGGUCAGUUGUUUCAUCAAAUGCUUGAGCUGUGGGAAGUGGAAAAUUUUCUUUUCCAGCUGAAGUAUGUGUUGCCUAGGGCACCUUUGGGUUAUCAGUUUGAGUCUUUCGAUGUUGAGUUUAUCCGAACUCUUCAAGACGUGUUUAAGCCAGCAACUGUAUGAUCUAUCUAUGUGUUUAAACCAGUGCUUAUGUUCUCAGCUCACAAAUAUAUUAACACCCGUUUCUAUCGUGUAAGAAUUGAUACUUUUCAGAAAUAUCCAUUGCUUACUUCUGACACCUUUUGGCGGGUUGUGAUUCAAGAGGGAGUUAUAAUGACAGUUGGGCAUUCAACAUGGAGUUAUCUGCACACUUCUUGUAGUGUUGGAUAUUUUCAGAUCCAAGUUAAAUAUAGGCUGCUGUUGAUGGCCUUUUUUGAGAUGCAAAUACAAAUUUCACUAUACGGAUUUAUGGAGAUUGAGAAAUGCUAGCUGCCUUCCAGGUGAAAAUAUAGCAGACCAUCAUGGGCUUAGUAAGACUGUGUCCAUAAGUGAUCUCAUACAACAUCCGAGGAAUCUUCUGCCAGAAUCAAUAACAGACGUUAAAGGUGCUGACCGUGCCUAUAAAGAGAAGUCCGAAGAAGAUAUAUAUUCAGCUCAUGAUGUUUAUUCUCUCUAUUAUCAAGGAGAGGACAUGGAUUCAUGCCUCACAUACCAAGACUAUCGUUGUUAGGCCACGAUUGUUGGGCCUGAAGAUGCCGUAUUUAUGGCCUCAUAUCGGUAUUUACUAGUUUUUUCGGUUUCUGCUGUCCUCAUGCAUCACUCCAGUACUCAAGCUAGAUCUUUAACCCAUAUCCUUGAGUACAAGUAUAAUUUAAAGGGGUGGGUAUUUGUCAUGUCCCAUUCUUAUAGGGCACCCAUGUAUAAGGGCUGCUUGGGUGUAGUUAGUAAGUUUAGCAUAUGCGUCUGGCACAUGUGCCAUUAUUCUACCCUAAUAAGUAUCGAGUAUGUAAUUCCUUGUGAAGGUAUCCAAAUAGAAAUUAUUUUCUUGUGA